CACCAUUUCAUCUGUCAGUCAGCAGUCACGAUUUUAUCUCGUUAAGUUUAUUUUAUUUGCGAUAACAAUAAAUUGAGAAUUCGUUAUUUGAAGAAAAUCAAUUGGAUACAGUUUUAAUGAUUCAAUAAAUGUAACCAUUAUGUGGAAGUUUAGUGUUUCUAUAUCUAAUUACAAAUUAGAGAAAUUGUUUAUCUUAUUAUGGCUCCUAAAAUUUGUUUCUGCUCGUAGAUAUCCAGAAGAUGGAUAUUUCUCAAGGAAUUAUUUUGACGACCGGGAACAAUACGCUAAAGUAGAUGCUGCUCUUGAGAAACUUGUCCACUCACCACAAUGGGUGAACGAUUGGCCAGAUCCCACUGUGAAAAUGGGCCAAGUGUCGGGAGUAGCCAUAGAUUCUUCUGGGCAAGUUCAUGUCUUCCAUAGAGCCUCAAAUGUAUGGGAUGCAAGCACAUUCAAUAUAAGGAAUGUGUAUCAGGGUAUAGGAGAAAAUGCAAUUACCAGUCCAACAGUUUUGGUGUUUAAUAGUACUGGUGAAUUAGUGGACUUGUGGGGAGAAAAUCUAUUCUAUAUGCCGCAUGGAAUUACUGUAGAUGCAUCAGGGAAUGUGUGGGUGACAGAUGUGGCCCUACACCAAGUAUUUAAGUUUACACCUGACAAUAGAAAGGUGCCUGCUCUCAAACUUGGGGAGAAAUUUGUGCCUGGCGAUGACGACGACCACUUCUGCAAGCCGAGCGCAGUGGCCGUGCAUUCUAGUGGUGACUUCUUUGUAGCGGAUGGUUAUUGUAACACAAGGAUCAUUAAAUACAGAGCAGACGGGACUAAGAUACUGCAGUGGGGACGACGCUCUGGUCAAACACCGUUCACCCUUAACGUGCCACAUGCUUUAACGAUAGCUGAAGACAAAAACGCUAUAUGCACCGCUGAUCGAGAGAGGGGCAGGAUCGCUUGCUUCCGGGCUGAUAACGGGACGUACAUUCACUCGUAUUCCCAUUGGCUGAUUGGACGUCGACUAUUCAGCGUGGCCUAUUCGCCUAUACAGGGAGGACGUCUCUAUCUGGUCAAUGGGCCAUCCCUCAGUGCCAGUAUACCUGUUCGGGGCUAUGUCAUAGAGUACACAUCCGGCCGUCUCAUACAGACCUUCGCACCAGGCGAUGCGUUCAGAAACCCGCACGACGUCGCCGUAUCGCCAGAUGGCAGCACUGUCUACGUCGCAGAACUAGACCCGUAUAAGGUGUACAAGUUUGUGGAUGAUACGUUGAAAAAUGAGACCAUUGUUAGUGAUGUUACAACUGAGGCGGUUCCCGCUAAGCCUACGGCCACAGUUGAGGUAAGCGGCGUGAGCGUGGCCGGCGGGUGGGAGUGGGGCGGCGCGCUCGGCGGCGCGCUGGGCGCGGGCGGCGCCGCGCUGCUCGCGCUCGCCGCCGUCGCGCUGCUCAACGCGAGGAACCGCGGUAAGCGAUACACCGACGAGCGGUAGGGUUGCCACUGCGCACUUUUAGCGGGUUACAGCACUCGCCAAUCUUUAUAACCGCAGUGUAUUUAGCCGGUACGAACUGGCGCAUGGUACGCACAGUCGCCUCCACGCGCCGCGUACGACCCGCUGAUUUUUUGUGUUCUGCACAGCGUAAUGUGGCUAGGUUCGGAGCGGUCAUAAAGUUUGGCGAGAGCUUUGUCAUGGGUAUUUCAUUGUUGAAGCAUGUAUCGUGUAAUGGUGUAACUUAUAUACUAUAGAAUUUUAUUAAGAUGAUGUGGUAGUUCACUAAGGUUGAACGUAGAGUAUGUGUUUUGUUGGUAAGAGCUGAUCAUGUAGCGCAUUACAGAGACUUAUGUCUCUGAGCUGCAAAUAUUUUAUGGCAUAUUAAUUAUUUUUAACGUCUGAAAAUGUACCACAUUUUACUUCACGACUACUAUUUAAUUUUUUUUUUUCUUGAAUAUGUCAAAAACUUACGGACUCACGGAACGUGCUAAACGAAAUUAUUUUCAAAUUGAAUAAUUAUUAAAUCCAAUAACAACACUAUGCUCUAGUUCACUAGAGCAAGAGACGACGAUUAUUUGGUUUACUAUGGCAACAAUACAAAAUAAAUGUGAUAGUUUAUACAAAAAUUUGUGGCAACCCUAACAAACACACAAAACCGUCACAAAUUGUACCUUCAUCCUUUUAAUAAGCAAUGUAAUGUUGUUUUAAAUAAAAUAUAAAGAUAAAAUUCUUAAGACAUAAAGGUGUUAAAAUACGCAUUAGUAGAUAUUGCAUAGUAAUUAAGGGUUAAUAGUGACUUUUUCGAAACAUUCCAUUCGGUUUAAAAGUAUGAAUUGGAAAAAUUCUAGUUCCAUAACAGAUUUAAUUCAUUGCUUUCGAUUGCAGAAGAUAUUUUUUAUAAAAAAAAAAGGUGUAUGUGCGAUUCACACACGAUAGAAGUGAAACUUCAGUAAAUCGACAAAAGAACGAAGUAUGGAACAAAGAGGAGAGACCGAUAAUAUAAAAUAGUAUGUAUAUUUCUGUCUCUUUCUUUGCCGGCUUCAUUCUACACAUUUUUGAAUUUGUGUCUCUUACCUGUCGUUUUUCCGUUGCAUCAGGUUUGAAAUCACAACGAUUCUAAAGAAGUUUCACUUCAAAAAGUGACUUUAUUUUCACCCAAUACAUUGAUAUUACCUUAUUCUAUUACUUAAAUUGGUUUUCAAUCUAUAGAUAUAUAACCAAUAACAAAUGCAAUUAAAGAUAAAUAUGAUAACCUUUAGCUUUUGCACAGAGUGUUUCAAGGAAACAACAAAAUAUGUUAUUAUCGUAUUAAUCUCGUUGCUUAUUAAAUGAUAUGUUUAUUAUAAGUUAUCACACCACAUACAAUUGUGAUGGGCGCAUAAAUUCUGUAUUCUGUGAUCUGUCAAUUACACACAUGACGGUUUAAAUGCUUACUACAAUUGAUGAUAUAUACAACAAUUAUUAUCACAUUAAAAAUGUUUAUAAUGCCAUUUGUGUAAUUGGAACAUAAUUACUUUUAGAUUAAUGUCUUGUACACAAAUUGAAUAGGUAAUUUUUGCCUAAUGCACAAUUUUGUUUGCAUGCCUGUAACCAGUUCCUUAUUUAUUAUUUUUUCUUUAUCACGAUCGAUGUUCAUGGUCAUUCCAAUUUCAAAAAAAUGUAUGUGUUUUUUAUGUUUAUUUUUUAAUAUUUUUCAUGCAAAUGCAUAACUUGAAAAGUGUUUGCAACUAUAUAAAUUGAAUUCAUGGGUUUGGAGUACAUUGACUAGAAGAUACAUUGUAUUUUUUUUUAGUUAUUAAAUAAUAUAGAAUGUCAUUCAUCAUGCUAUAGCUAAGAAUGUAAUCUGAAUUAUAUGAAUCGUUAAAUUUAUGAUCUCUUAAAGUUGAUCUGAUAAUCAUAUAUUUUUACUUAAUAUUGGUUUUUAUUGUAAUUAAAUAAUGGAAUUAUUCAAAGAAUAAAACAACGUAGAAUUAAAUCUAUUUUAAUUAUGUUGAUUUUUGUUUGUUUCUUUUAUUUUUUUUUAUUUAAACGAACCUGUUUAUUUGUAAGGUUUGACUUCGUCCAAGUUAUUCGGUAUUUGUAAUUGUGAUUGUAGCUUAUUUAAUGAAAUAUAUUUAUUGUGAAGCU